AUGGAAGUGGCGCGCGUAACAGAGCUGCCCGGUGAGCUUCGCUACAUCCAAUAUGAGCAUGUCCUCGAGGAACAGUAUCUACCUGCUAUCCGGGCAUUGAUAUCCAAGGACCUCAGCGAGCCUUACAGCAUCUAUGUGUAUCGCUACUUCUUAUACCAAUGGGCUCACCUGUGCUAUAUGGCUCUCAAUCCUGCCGAUAACUCCCUGAUCGGCGUCAUAAUCUGCAAACUCGAACCUCAUGCCUCGCAUUCACCACCCACCCAUCGAGGGUACAUAGCCAUGCUGGCAGUGUCUUCCGCCUACCGAGGGCACGGCAUAGCGACGUCGCUGGUCAAGAUGUCAAUAGAUGCCAUGGCGGAGCGGAACGCGGACGAGAUCGUCCUGGAGACGGAGGAGACCAACCUGCCAGCCAUGCGGUUAUACGAGCGAUUAGGCUUCUUACGGUCAAAGAAGUUACAUCGAUACUAUCUCAACGGCAACAGCGCCUACCGGCUCGUGCUGCUACUCAAACCCAUGAGUCUUGGAGAAGAGCACCAAUCUGAUUAG